GCGCAAUUUGCAAGGAUUCUUGUAAAGUUUUUUUUUUACGAAUGUUUGAGUAAAGAAUGGCAUUUAAUGGAAAAACCAUCCUCAUAACUGGUGCUACAGGAAACGUUGGAUCUUCCGCGGUUAAGGAAUUCCUGGAACAAGGGGCAAGUGUUAUUGCAACAUCUCGCUCCAAAGCAUCAUUAGAUAAAUUAACGGCAAGGUUGCAAGAAAAUUCAGUUCCCACCAAAAAAUUAAUUCCAAUUACAGUCGAUAUUUCAAAUGAUCAAGAACUUGGUAAAGUUGCGAAUCAAAUUCGUGAAAAGACGCUGCCUGAAAUCGACCACGUAAUUUCCAGUUCUGGACCUUGGUGGAAGUUUGAUCAUUUGUAUGAUGUUACGUUUGAACAAUGGAAUGAAGUUAUGAAUGCUAACGUUACCCCCCAUUUUGUUACGUAUAGGAAUUUUAUUCCACUACUUUUGAAUAAACCUGGAUCUAGCUACACUUUAAUUACGGGAGCUAGUGGCCUCGUCGACGAAAUUGGUCCUGAAAAAAUACCAUCGGGUAUUACGGGAAUCUCUCAGACUGUUUUAUACGGUAUCAGUAGAGUUGCUCGAUAUGAAACAAGAAAUAAUGCGGUUAGAUUUAAUGAGCUUUUAAUUAGUUAUCGUAUUGAAGAUGAUGAUACUUAUAAAAAACUUGUUUCUGAGGGAAAAAGUUCUGAUAAACUUACUUCUUCUUCGAAAUUUGGUUCAAUUUUUCCUAAGAUAGCUAAAAGUAACCUUAAAAGUGAAGUUAUUAAUAUUUCUUCAACAACCGAAAAAGAGGAAUUCGAAAAAAAAUAUGCUUAGUUUAACAUACAAUAUUUUACAAUUACAAUAUACUAUGCAUAUAUUGUACGUAUAUAUUGUUCACUCUUUUAGUUUCUUAAAUUAAAAUAAUAAAGCAAAUAUCAUUUAUAUUGAUAUAUA